AAGACUGAUUCAUUUUUUUAGGCCUCGCAGUUCUUCGCACAUCUUCGCAGUCUCUUGCUUCAUUUCGUUUAUACUCACCGGAAUUAGUAGAUUUGGAGUAUUAUUGAAGGGCAAAUUUAUCCAAAAGCAAAGGCGCGAAUAUAAAAUGGUCGUUGUAAAUUUAAAGUCCUCGAAAGAUUACGAGGAAUACCUCAAAUUCAAAGACAUCAUUGUCCUACACUUCUUUGCUGAGUGGGCAGCACAGUGUGCCCAAAUGAACGAUGUUAUCGAUGAAAUGGCUAAUUCAAAGGAUUACGAAAGCGUUCGAUUCGCCAAAGUUCUAGCAGAGGAUGUACCAGAAAUUUCUUUAAAACUUAAGGUGACCGCUGUACCAACUGUAUUGAUUCUUAAAAAUGGUACAGUGGUGGACCGUGUCGAUGGAGCCAACCCAGCAGUUUUGACCAAAAAAGUAAAACAGUUCUCUACAAAAGAUACCCUACCAGUUCGACCAAGCGAUACAUCAAAGGAAGAUCUUGAAACUAGGUUAAAGAAGCUCAUUAAUCAAGCUCCUUGCAUGUUAUUUAUGAAGGGAACUCCGACCACUCCACGUUGUGGCUUUUCCAGAACAAUAAUAUCCCUUCUAGAUAGCUAUAAUACAGAUUAUCAAACUUUUGAUAUAUUACUCGAUAACGAAGUUAGAGAAGGAUUAAAGAAAUUUAGUGAAUGGCCUACCUAUCCACAAUUAUAUGUGAAUGGAGAGCUCCUAGGGGGUUUGGAUAUUGUAAAGGAAAUGAGCGAAAGUGGUGAAUUAGAUAAAAUGCUUCCUAAAAAAGUGGGUGUCAAAGAGGCGUGAAUUGAAUAAUCAAAUGCUGGAACAUUAAUCCAAUAACGUAAACAUUGCUACAUGGGGGUAGUUUUUGGAAAUAAUUUUUGUUACCGUAGAUUUAUCACAUAAGGUAUCGUAUUUGGCAAUAGCAAUUGUUUAAAAACUUCAGUUUUUGUAAAACAAUCUAUUCAAUGCCUUACAUGUAUUGCAGCCUUGCAGUAAAAUAUACAGGCUCUCUUUAUUUUGUCAAGAAAAGCAUGAUUAAUUGUUUAUUAAGAAAUUAAAACAAAUAAACAAUACGAUGCUGCUGUAAUGAAAUACACAAUUUAAAUUACAUAAGUGCACUACAAUAAUUCUAUUGGAUUAUUUGUUUAUGUAAGUAAUAUAGCCAUCAAUUCAUUAAUGUCUUUAAAGUAUAUUUAUUGAUUUCAUUUGACUCAUCUGUAUAAAUUCCGAUACUUGUUAUCAAUAGUAUCAAUUAUGAUCAAUUUUUAAUUUGUUUAAAUUUCUUUAUCAACUCAAAUCUUUAAUAUAAGAUUUAACCAGUAAAAUAAAUUGAAAACUUAGAAUCUUAAUUUAAUUAAUGUGUGAUUUUAAGAAUUUGUAUCAGGUAUUUUGACAAAAGAUCAAUGUUACAUAAUAAAGUGAGUCAUGAAAAAUA